AAUCGUAUUUACGAGAAACGAGUUAUGGGUGAUGCUUGGCGAAGACAGAGUAUUGGAUGAAGAGUGGCCUCGGAAUGAGCUGUCUCGAGGUAUAUAGAAAGGAGAUCUUCUCACUCUCAUCCUUGAGCUCAACUCAAGAAUAACCUUUGAACUUUAUAUUGCGAUGAACCAUCAAGUAACUAAUACCGUUUUCUCAUUUUUCGCAUUUUUAUCCUCCUUGUUUUCUGUUGCGGCUGAUAAUACCUUGCCCAUACCAAAACGGUUCAUCACUAGGCAUAAUGACAAUGGAAACGCGAUAUUUGACACGCGAUUCAACGAUGAGUUACCCGAGACUGUCCUCUCGGCACACGUCUUCUACCUCGGUUACGUCAUUCAAGGGUUUCCAGUUGAUCUCGAAGACAAUACAGACAUAGAGACAUACGGGAACUACAUCACCAACUCUCCAGGACUUAUUGUCCCCGGCGGUUCGGUGCUCCGAUUUGUUGACCUCCCACCCGGCAGAUCAGCCAUGCAUCGGACACUGAGUAUAGACUACGGUAUCGUGAUUGAGGGUGAGACGAAGUUGGUGCUCGACUCGGGGGAGAGUCGUGUGAUGAAGCGAGGUGAUGUAGUCGUCCAACGUGGGACAAAGCACCAAUGGGUCAACACAGAUGAGGAGAAAUGGGCUUAAAUGGUGUUUGUUCUUUAGGAGAGUAAGUAGCUGAUAGUGAAAGGGGUUAAGUUGGAGGAAGAUCUGGGGAGCUUGGGUGAUGAGUUGAGACCGUCCAUCUAAAAUAGACUUGACUUGAUGGAUUCAGUUUCGAGGAUGAUAAAGCAAGUGGAGAUAGAAGGUAAAGGGGUACAUCUUGAGAUCAUCAACACUAAGCGAUAAGGGUCC